CGUUGGGACCAUACAUCAUCUUCCUCCUACCAGUCUGACCAUGGAUGCAGGGUGUUGUCCGAUCUUCUCGCAAAGCGCCUUCCGGUAGCUUUUACUGUGUUCCUUGAAAAGCAAUGUCUGGAGUUUCUUGGAAACCACACAUUUCAUGAGGCUUCGGUUGUGAUGGUUAGAAAGUACGUUGCAGGAAUCUCCACCACGCAGCAUGGAUCGGAUGGGGCUCUGGAUGCAGCAACACUUCAACUGCACAUGGACUACCUCCAUAACCCACACAAUCUUUCUACUGCAUGCUCUAUCUUGGCCACACGUGGCAUCGAGGAUAACCAGACUGCCAUUUACAAGGACAUCAUGGCACUGGUGGAGCUGCGUCCACGAGACGCUGCCUGGGAUGAGUGUCGCAGGAAACUUCGUGAUCUGGUAGAAAGUGAUGGUGGGGAGUUUUUCAGCAAACAGCUCACAUGGACAGGCCAUGAUGAGUAUCGCCCACUGCAGACCGAUGAAGUUGAAAAAGAAAAAGAAAACAUCAGAUAUGCAAUACGUGUUCUUGAUGACUUUUUCAACAGCGGAGUACAUACCACGGCUCCCUCUGACUCUUUGCCAGUACAGCACACAACAGGCCGCCUAGAUCGCUUUUUGAGACGGUGUCGUGGUCAAACGCCGGAGGGUACACCGGAACAAGUGUUGCAGGUCUAGCUGACAAGAAUUAUGAACUUGGUGCGAUAAAGAUAGUCAAGAGAUAACUUGUCGUGAGCCAAGA